AUGACAGUGCCAUACUCGCAAUUUGAGAACAAAGGAUACGUUUAUAAUAUAUGCGUAGUUGGUGAUGCAAACGUUGGCAAGACGUCUAUAGUUCGUCGUCUUGUCAAAUAUGACUUCACGCCCGAUAAUACGCCUUUUUCAAAACCAGUCGUAGAACAUAAUAUGAAAGUCAAUGGCAAAGAUGUUAGACUCCGAUUCCAUGACCCUAAGAGUGACGAGAUGAAUGGAGGUGGCUCGUUCUAUACAAACUGUGAGAUGUUGAUAUAUGUGUUUAACUACACAGAAUUAAAUACAUUAGAACACUGUUUAAAGUGGGACCAAUAUUGCACUCACUGUGUCUCGAAAAGGUGCAAAAAGAUAUUGGUUGGUACACACGUGGAUGUUACGCACACCCUCACAACAGAUAUAUGCGAACAACACGCACACAAAUUGGGGUGUAGUUUAUAUUCUAUCGAUUGCAAAGGAGGGAUGGGCGCACUUGAGAUAUGGGAAUACAUAUGUAGCGAUAUACAGACUAAAUUCAUCCCUAUGAAAGAAGCAGAAAAUAGUAUCCUUGUCAAUUUAGUGUGA